AGCUAAUCGAUCUUAAAAGCAUAACUCCUAGGCAUAGUAUCGGAAACUUUAAAGUCUAUACAUAUAUGGGAUUCGACCCAGUACGUAAAACAUGUGGCUUAGCCGAUGGCGCAUUGCCAAGGCUAUCAUGUCAACCGCACGACAACUUACCGGAUCUGUUAUCUUCAACGAAAGGCAAAGCUAAAAUGAGGUCUAUAUCUAUGACGGUAGAAGAUAUAUAAUGGCAUGGAAGUCGCCCAGGAGCAUCUCAAUCUACACACACACACACACACACACACACAUAAACCAGAAGUGUUCAUUCUCUGAUCUGCAACCCUUCACCCCUUUCGUUGAUUAAACAAAAUGAAGGCCGUUAUCUUCUCGACUCUGUUACCACUCGUCCUAGCCCUUCCAGGCCCUCAGACACAGCAAACAGAGGGAAAGCUGCCCUGGAAGAAGGGUAGUGUAUGUCUGGCAUUGACGGAAGACUGUAUGGGAACGAUUGGGUGGUGUAACCUCGAGGCGCAACGCAAGAAAGAGUUUGGCUCUCGUGAAAAGUGCCUUGCUCAAAGAGAGCGUCGUCCCGCUGAUGCACCUAAACUCCCCUGGAUGAAAGGUACCGGUUUUGACUGCGCAUAUGCUCUCACUCCGGAGGAAAGAUGUUAUGGCACUGCACUUUUCUGCCGUGAGGAACUUUACCCGCAGGGUCAAUAUACCGACGAGAAGGAAUGUUUGUCUGACAGAGAGGAUGCUCCUGUAGAUGCCAAGAAGAAGCAGGAUCUGCCAGCCCAAGAGCCGAAGGCCAAGAAGCCAUUCCUUCAGCCCGCACCCGACAGCGACACUUCGUGCAUGACCUUCGACCGCGGCAGUGAGCGCUGUGUUGGAACGAAGUAUUACUGUACCAAUGACAUCAUGAAGUUCCCCUACACCGACGAGGAUGGCAGCGUCUACAAUAGUGCCGCUGAGUGUCUCGGCGCCCGGGAACCUGAACCUCAAUCUGCCGACCCUGAUCGCAUUGUAUUCCCCGACAACUAGGAUCCGAAAUCGAAGUCUUCCCCAACUAGGUGGAUACUAUGACUUGUUAACCCAUGGGAACAUUAAGAGCAUGCGGCCCAAGGAGUGAAGCUGGACAGGAUUUGAAACGUGUGCAUUUGUCUUUAUUACAUUUAUUAGUAAUCUGGCGGUAGAUUCAACAUCUAGGCCAGUUUAUAGCCUUGGCUUUAGUUUUAUUCCGGAAUUUGAAAACGUCCAGUGAAA